CAUUUCCUCCACUCACAACCCGAAACCAAACCAAACCCGAAAACCCUCUUAGGAGAAUCUCGGCUAGCUCCGCUUCUCCCUCGUCCGCCGGCAGCGCCACCGCCCCCGCCACCCAUGGACGUCCGCCGGCGAACCGUUAAGCCCGUCGAGGCCCCCCUCAAGCCUGGCAAGCUCCAUCACCACGACGUUGCCAACAUUCCCUCCGCUGCGGCGGGCCCUCUCCAUCUCCACCUGGCCAACGCCUCCUCCAUCGUGGUGUUCUUCUCCUCAGUGUACUACCUCCUCUCUAGGUGGCGGGAGAAGAUCCGCACUGGGGCCCCGCUCCAGGUGAUCGCCCCCUCCGAGAUGGUUGCCAUCGCUGGGCUCGUCGGGUCAUUCGUGUGGUUCUUCGGCCUAGACUUCGUGCAGUCGUUGAUCCUCCGCCCCUCACCUGACAUGUGGGCCGAGGAUGAGGCCGAUAAGAUCGAGGAAGUCAUCCUCAAGGACGACUCCCGGAAGUCGCUGUGCGGGCAGGAGCUCGAGGACUGCUCCCCUGUCCAGCCUGCAGUGCACCUGAAGCCGAAGAUGGUCGACCCUAUCCCGAAGGAGAAAGUGAUCGAGACUAUCCUGGAGAGCUCCCCCGAGGACGAGGAGAUCAUCAAUUCGGUGGUGGCGGGGACGACCGCGUCGUAUUCGCUCGAGUCGAAGCUCGGGGACUGCAGGCGGGCUGCAGCGAUCAGGCGGGAGGCACUGCAGCGGACCACGGGUCGAUCCCUGUCCGGCCUGCCCUUGGACGGGUUCGACUACCAGUCGAUCCUGGGGCAGUGCUGUGAGAUGCCGGUGGGGUACGUACAGAUUCCGGUGGGGAUUGCCGGCCCACUCAAGCUUGACGGGAGGGUGUACUCGGUCCCGAUGGCCACCACAGAAGGGUGCCUCGUGGCCAGUGCCAACAGAGGGUGCAAGGCCAUCGCAAUGUCAGGUGGGGCCACCAGCGUUGUCCUUAGGGACGGAAUGACUAGGGCCCCGGUGGUGAGAUUCGGGACUGCAAAGAGGGCCGCCGACCUCAAGUUCUUCUUGGAGAGCCCUGCCAACUUCGAGACCAUUGCUGGAGUCUUUAACAGCUCAAGUCGAUUUGGGAGGCUGCAGAGCAUCAAGUGCGCAAUUGCCGGGAAGAACAUGUACAUGCGGUUCUCGUGCAGCACCGGGGAUGCAAUGGGCAUGAACAUGGUCUCGAAGGGAGUCCAGAACGUGCUCGACUUCCUCCAGAAGGACUUCCCGGACAUGGACGUGAUGGGGAUCUCGGGCAACUUCUGCUCCGACAAGAAGCCCGCAGCCGUGAACUGGAUUGAGGGCCGGGGCAAAUCUGUGGUGUGCGAGGCUAUCAUAAAGGGUGAUAUUGUUAGGAAGGUGCUCAAGACGAGCGUCAACUCCCUAGUGGAGCUCAACAUGCUCAAGAACCUUGCCGGCUCCGCCAUGGCUGGUGCCCUUGGAGGGUUCAACGCCCAAGCCAGUAACAUCGUGACUGCAGUCUACAUCGCAACGGGGCAGGACCCGGCACAGAACGUGGAGAGCUCGAACUGCAUCACGAUGAUGGAGGCCGUCAACAAUGGGGAGGACCUCCAUGUUUCUGUCACAAUGCCUUCCAUUGAGGUAGGAACUGUUGGAGGAGGAACACAACUAGCAUCUCAAUCAGCAUGCCUGAACCUGCUGGGAGUGAAGGGGGCCAGCAAAGAGACCCCAGGGUCCAACUCGAGGCAGCUCGCGUGCAUCGUUGCUGGGACCGUCCUUGCGGCAGAGCUCUCCCUCAUGUCCGCCCUUGCCACUGGGCAGCUGGUUAACAGCCACAUGAAGUACAACCGAUCGGCCAAAGAUGUCACUAAGGCCUCCUCUUAACGUUCUUAAAACAUAAGGAAAUAUAAGUUCAAACAGAAACAGAUCGACAUUCUUCUGAUUUUAAGUGAGACAACGAGCUAGAUUGUUCUCAGAACAUCUAGCUUGGCCCUUGUCACGAAGAGUCGAUCGAAGCUGCCUGUUGUUACAUAUGUAAUUCUUUUCUUUCUUUUCCAUCUUUCCCCUGAAGCUGUAUAAGCAAUGUAAGAAGCAUAUGCAAGUUGUGUAAAGUGUUCACAAUUUCAAUAACAUCUUUACCCGGCCCUUCAAUUUCUUCCA